AUGUUCGAUAAACGAAAAAAAACACAAUCGAAAAAUCACUUCACAAUAAGCUUUUAUUAUGUCUUCAUGAUGAAAUCCGACCUUAUUAUAAUUAAUUCCAUUAAUUAUGCUGUUUUGAGAAUGAUGUAUGAGAAAUCACACGCGCCCAAAACGAGUAAUAUGAAACGAUGGAAGAAAAGCAAAAUAAACAAGAAAGAUGAGAUUUUAAGUCAACAUAAUUCAUCAUCAUCACCAUCAUCAUCAAAGUUCUUAUCUGAAGCUGGCUGCAAUUCUUUCAAAAACUGCACGAAACAAUUAACAAUAGCAUUAAAAUUCUCCAUGUGA